AUGGCGCCUCCAUCUUCCCAAUCCUCCGCACCUUCUCCGUCCUUGAAACGAAAGCAAGCGACAAUCUCGAGCUUCUUCUCGCAACGACCAAGCGCAACACCGAGGAGCACAGCGGCCUCAGAGGCUGCAUCGGUACCAAGAUCUGUGACUAGAGAGUCUUCAUCUCUCAAAGGCUUGGCGACGGAACAGAGCCACGAAGCUCGGGAACAGGAAGCACACGGAGAGGAAGAGGUGGAGGAGGAGGAGGAAGAGGAGGAGGACAUUGUUGUGCCACCCUCUAAGCGAGCUCGUACCGGCACUCUCCAACAACAACAGAUUGAGGCGGGUACACCACCCAGACCAAAAGCUCAAAGCUCGCAGGUGCAACCAAGCAGCAGCCAGCGAACCGACAUUUUCAAGUUCCAGAGCUCGCCCGCCGCUGUUCCACCAACUACCGGGGAUGAUGAUCCGGACGAGGUCAGCAGAAGACAAGAGAAAGAACGAUUACAUCAGAAGUUCGUUAGGAAGCUCGGUGGUCCGGAUUGCUUGAUAGGCAUCGGUAGGUCUGCGACCGGUGACCCCAGCAAUGGCUCGGCCGAGGCCGAAGACGAGGAGGAGGAGGAUGAACCUGCGCCGCCGGUCCCCACGAAGGGCAGAGGAGGUACAAAAAAGGGUGCGGGUAAGCUUACGCCUAUGGAAAAGCAAGUCAUCGAAAUUAAGCGCAAGCAUAUGGAUACCGUGUUGGUCAUUGAAGUUGGAUAUAAAUUCCGGUUCUUUGGCGAGGAUGCACGCAUUGCAGCAAAAGAACUGGGGAUUGUGUGCAUACCUGGGAAGAUGAGAUUCGACGAGCACCCAUCCGAAGCACACCUCGACCGGUUCGCGUCCGCCAGUAUACCCGUGCAUCGGCUUCAUAUACAUGUCAAACGACUCGUCACAGCAGGUCACAAGGUUGGCGUAGUUCGGCAAAUUGAGACGGCGGCACUCAAAGCUGCAGGCGACAAUCGCAACGCCCCAUUCGUUCGCAAGUUGACCAACUUGUACACAAAAGGCACAUAUAUCGACGAUGCGGAGGGAUUGGAUGGCGCCAUGGCUGCUGCUGGUGGCGCGUCGCCGGCAACGGGCUUCAUGCUUUGUAUGAUGGAGAGCAACGCGAAAGGAUGGGGCAAUGCUGAGCGUGUACACGUCGGCAUUGUCGCCGUUCAACCUGCCACAGGUGAUGUCAUAUACGACGAUUUCGAGGACGGCUUUAUGCGCAGCGAAAUUGAGACUCGCUUGUUACAUAUCGCACCAUGUGAGAUUUUGAUUGUGGGGGAGAUGUCGAAAGCGAGCGAGAAGCUUGUGCGUCACCUGUCAGGGAGUAAAAUGAACGUCUUUGGAGACGCCGUUCGUCUGGAGCGGACUGCCAAGAAGAAGACAGCUGCUGCUGAGGCUUACAGUCAUGUCUCCAACUUUUAUGCCGGCAAGAUGAAAGACACUGGUACGGAGGAGGAUGCCAAGGCCGUCAAACUCUUGCAGAAUGUGCUUGAAUUGCCAGAGCAUGUCACUGUUUGUCUGUCUGCUAUGAUCGAGCACAUGACGGAAUAUGGACUCGAGCACGUUUUCGACCUGACCAAAUACUUCCAACCUUUUUCAGCCCGCUCACAUAUGCUGUUGAACGGAAACACCCUGGUCAGCUUAGAGAUAUAUCAGAAUCAGAAUGAUUACUCGGCAAAGGGGAGUCUGUUCUGGACACUGGAUCGGACACAGACACGAUUUGGGCACCGCUUGCUUCGGCGUUGGGUCGGCCGGCCAUUGCUCGACAAAGUCCGCCUCGAAGAGCGCACCGGUGCCGUUGAAGAGCUCACCGAUCCGGUUCGUACGGUGGUGGUCGAGCGGAUUCGAAGGUUGCUCGGCAAGAUUAAAAGCGACCUGGAGAAGAGUUUGAUUCGCAUUUACUACGGCAAGUGCACGCGGCCGGAACUCCUCACCGUCUUGCAGACUAUGCAGACAAUAGCAAUGGAAUUUGCCGAUAUCAAAUCACCGACUGAUUCAGGCUUCAAGUCACCAUUGAUCAGCGAGGCUAUUGCCUCCUUGCCGGUCAUACUAAAGGAUGUUGUUCGAUUCCUGGACAAGAUCAAUCUUCACGCCGCUCGAAAUGACGACAAAUACUCGUUCUUCCGCGAGGAAGAAGAAACAGAGGAGAUCAGCGAUGAAAAGCUCGGAAUCGCGAGUAUCGAACACGAGCUUCAGGAACACCUCGCAGUUGCCGGCGAGCGUAUACAAAGGAAAGGCGUGAAGUACGCAACAGUGGCUGGCAUUGAAUACCUGAUAGAAGUCGAGAACAAUUCAUUGGGUAUUAAGAAGGUUCCAGCUUCAUGGAUAAAAGUGAGCGGAACGAAACGAGUCUCGCGAUUUCACACACCUGAGGUGGUGCAACUUAUUCGGCAGCGGGACCAGCACAAGGAAGCGUUGGCGGCAGCCUGUGAUAAGGCCUUCGCGGCACUACUUGCCGAUAUUGCUCUCCAGUACCAAUCUUUCCGGGAUUGUGUGCAGUCACUCGCGACACUCGACUGUCUUCUCUCGCUUGCUGCAAUUGCGCAGCAACCAGGCUAUGUCAAGCCCGAAUUUUCCGAGCAGCCGUGUCUCCACGUCGAGCAGGGCCGACAUCCGAUGGUUGAGCGUAUCCUCACAGACAGCUAUGUCCCCAAUGAUACCCAUCUCGACCAGGACGAAACCAGGGCUGUCCUUGUCACUGGUCCCAACAUGGGUGGAAAGUCAAGCUACGUGCGACAGGUGGCCCUGAUCGCGAUCAUGGGCCAAAUAGGCUCUUACGUUCCAGCUGCCUCCGCGAAGCUCGGCCUGUUAGACGCUGUCUUUACACGAAUGGGUGCUUUCGACAAUAUGCUUGCUGGCGAAUCCACUUUCAUGGUGGAACUGUCCGAAACAGCCGACAUCUUAAAGCAAGCUACGCCGCGGUCACUGGUCAUACUUGACGAAUUGGGCCGUGGUACUUCAACGCACGACGGCGUAGCCAUCGCUCAGGCAGUACUCGACUACAUGGUCCGUACCAUCCGGUCAUUGACACUCUUUAUUACACACUACCAACAUCUGUCGGGCAUGGCACGGUCUUUCCCCGGCGGAGAGCUUCGAAAUUUCCACAUGCGUUUCACCGAGUCCAGUGAGCAGACCGACGACGAUGGAAUCACAUUUCUAUACGAAGUGGCCGAAGGUGUCGCCCAUCGUAGCUAUGGAUUGAACGUCGCGAGGUUGGCGCAUCUGCCUUCUACAGUUUUGGAGCUCGCCAAGGCCAAGAGUGCGGAGUUGGAAAACACGGUCAAAAGAAAGAGACUGGCGGCUCUCGUCCAGGCUGUGAACAAGAUGGUUGACUUGCCCGGUGCGGCUGACGCUGGCUCUGGAGAGGUCUCGAUUGAGCGUUUGAUUGCCAGCGCGGAGCAGUUGUAG